AUGGCACCCGGCCUGGCACUGCCCGCUGCCCUCCUGGCAGCGCUGCUGGCCCUGGCAUCACCAUCGCUGACCCCGGUGCGCCAACGCGGCUUCUGCGCCUUCUACGGCGCGUGUGGGCACAACCCGGAGGUGAACGCGUCGCUGGUGCCCUCGGAGGUGCCCUGCCUGUCCAACACGCGGGCGCGGUUGGCAUCGGGCGCUGUGCUGGCGCUGCUGCGCUCGGUGUGCCCGGAGCUGGCACGGGGGCAGAACGGGAGCGCCCGGGUGUGCUGCAGCCUGGCACAGCUCCACGCGCUGCGCCUCAGCGUGGGGCUGUCGGGGGCAGUGCUGGCACGGUGCCCGGCGUGUGCCCGCAACUUCGCCAACAUCCACUGCCACAACAUCUGCAGCCCCGAUCAGAGCCUGUUUGCCAACGUCACCCGCGUGGGCACCCGCGUGGGCACCGAUGCCCGCCCGGUGCUGCAGUACCAACUCUUCUACCGCCGCCGCUACGCCGAGGCCGCCUUCGCCUCGUGCCAGGGCGUGCGGCUGCCAGCCACGGGCGGCUAUGCCAUCUCCACCAUGUGCGGCCGCUACGGUGCCCACCUCUGCAGUGCCCAGCGCUGGUUGGACUUCCAGGGCGACAAGAACAACGGGUUGGCACCGCUGCAGAUCGACUUCCAGCUGGUGCCCGAUGGUGUCGAGCCCGGCGAGGGCAUCGCCCCGCUGGAUGUGCCAGCCUGGCGCUGCGACCAAGCGCCCGAUGAGGGGCAGGAGGCGUGUUCGUGCCAGGAUUGUGCCCUGUCGUGCCCACCCGUGGUGCCACCCUCGGAGCCGCCGCCGCCUUUCCGCGUUGGCCGUGUUGAUGGGGCGCUGCUGUUGGGCGCGCUGCUGUUUGCCAGCCUUGCCCUGGCAUUCCUGUUGGCAUCGCUGUGCCGAAAGGGCACCGGGCGGGCCGUGCUGCAGCCCGGUGGGCACCGGCGGAGGGUGGGCGAAGGUUGGCAGCGCCUGAUGGAACGGGCGUUCCGCCGCUGGGGCGCGGCGGUGGCGGCGCGGCCGGUGCCAGUGCUGGCCUUGGCACUGCUGGCGGCCGGCGGGUUGGCAGCGGGGUUGGCACGGCUGCGGCUCACCACGGAGCCGGUGGAGCUGUGGUCGGCGCCUGGCAGCCGUGCCAGGCAGGAGAAGGAGUUCCACGACCGCCACUUCGGGCCUUUCCUGCGUACCAACCAAGUGAUCGUGACGGUGCCCGGCCGCCCUGGCACCGCGUACCACUCGGUGCUGCUGGGCACCAAGAACUUCAGCGGCGUGUUGGCACCCGACGUGCUGCGGGCGCUGCUGGAGCUGCAGGAGGAGCUGGCGGGCACGGCGGCGUGGGCACCGGCCGCGGGCAGGAACGUGACGCUGCGCGACGUCUGCUAUGCCCCCCUGAACCCUGGCACGCCUGGCACGGCCGACUGCGCCGUGUCCAGCGUCACGCAGUACUUCCAGAACAACCGCAGCCGCCUGGCACUGCGCGCCUGGCAGCAGGAUGGCAAACCGCCGGGCACCGUGGAUUGGCAUGACCACCUCAUCUACUGCGUCAACUCGCCGCUGUCGUUCAAGGACAUCACGGCGCUGGAGUUGAGCUGCAUGGCCGAGUACGGGGGGCCCGUGUUCCCCUACAUCGCCCUGGGCGGAUACCCGGGCUCGGAGUACACGGAGGCGCGCGCUCUCAUUGUCACCUACUCUCUGAACAAUUUCCCGGCGGGGGACCCGCGCUUGGAGUGGGCGCUGAGCUGGGAGCGGCGCUUCCUGGAGGUGCUGCGCGACUUCCAGAGCCGCCACCGCCACCUGCGGGUGGCCUUCAUGGCCGAGCGCUCCCUGGAGGACGAGCUGGCCCGCACGGCCGCGCAGGACGUGCCGCUGUUCGCUGCCAGUUACCUGCUGGUGCUGCUCUACAUCGCCCUGGCACUGGGCGAGGGCACGGCCUGGCACAGGCUGCUGGUGGAGUCGAAGGUGACGCUGGCACUGGGUGGCAUCGCCGUGGUGCUGGGGGCCGUGCUGGCCGCCAUGGGGCUGUUGGCACUGCUGGGGGUGCCCUCCUCCCUCAUCAUCAUCGAGGUGGUGCCAUUCCUCGUGCUGGCCGUGGGCGCCGACAACAUCUUCAUCUUCGUGCAGGAGCUGCAGCAGUCGCCGCGGGAACCGGGCGAGACGCGGGAGCAGCAGGUGGGGCGGGUGUUGGCACGGGUGGCACCGAGCAUGGUGCUCUGCAGCCUCUCCGAGACCCUCUGCUUCCUGCUGGGUGCCCUCUCCUCCAUGCCAGCCGUGCGCACCUUCGCCCUGACGGCCGCGCUGGCGGUGGCACUGGACCUGGCACUGCAGCUCUCGGCCUUCGUGGCACUGGUGGCACUGGACAGCCGCAGGCAGGAGGUGGCACCGCGGGCACCGCGGGCCGGGGCACCGGGAGGGUCCCCAGGCACUGCCCCUGCCCAGGUGCUGCUGUUCCUGUUCAUGGCCUGCUCCGGCCUCUUCCUGCUCUUCCACGUGUCCGUGGGGCUGGACCAGGAGCUGGCACUGCCCGAGGACUCGUACCUGCUCCCGUACUUCUCGGCGCUGAACCAGUACCUGGCCGUGGGUGUCCCCACCUACUUCGUCACCACGGGCGGCUACAACUUCUCCUCGGAGAGCGGCACCAACGCCAUCUGCUCCAGCGCCGGCUGCGACGCCGACUCGCUGACCCAGACCAUCCAGCUGGCCACGCGCUUCCCCAACGCGUCCUACCUGGCCAUCCCGGCCACCUCGUGGGUGGACGAUUUCCUGGACUGGCUGAACCCCAUGGCGCGCUGCUGCCGCGUGCACCAGAGCGGGGAGCACAAGGGCGACUUCUGCCCCUCCACCAGCAGCGACCCCAGCUGCGCCUUCGGGCAGUGCGUGAAGGCCGUGCGGCGCCCCACGCCCGACGAGUUCCAGCGGUUCCUGCCCUGGUUCCUGCAGGACCGGCCCACCCUGCAGUGCCCCAAGGGUGGCCUGGGCGCCUACGACACGGCCGUGAGCAUGGACAGCAAUGGCACCAUCCUGGCCACGCGUUUCAUGGCGUACCAGCGGCCGCUGCGCACAUCCCAGGAGUACACGGCCGCCCUGCGCGCUGCCCGCGCCCUGGCACAGCGCAUCACGGGCACCCUGCGCGCCGUGCCCGGCACCGACCCCGACUUCCGCGUCUUCCCCUACACGGUGACGUACGUGUACUACGAGCAGUACCUGACGGUGGUGUACGAGGGGCUGGUGACGCUGGCACUGUGCCUGGUGCCCACCUUCGCCGUGUCCUUCCUGCUGCUGGGCAUGGAUGCCCGCUCCAGCCUGGCCACGCUGCUGACCAUCGCCAUGGUGCUGCUGGGCACCGUGGGCUGCAUGGCGCUCUGGGCAGUGCCCUACAACGCCGUGGCGCUCAUCAACCUGGUGGCGGCCGUUGGCAUCUCGGUGGAGUUCGUGUCCCACAUCACCUGCGCCUUCGCCCGCAGCCGCCAGCCCACGCAGGUGGCACGGGCCAAGGAGGCCACUGUCACCAUGGGCAGCAAGGUGGUGGCGGGGGUGGCCAUGACCAACCUGCCGGGGGUGGCCGUGUUGGCCUUCGCCAAGGCGCGCCUGGUGCGGAUCUUCUUCUUCCGCCUCAACCUCAUCGUCACCCUGCUGGGGCUGGCACACGGGCUGGCAUUCCUGCCCGUGCUGCUCAGCUACCUGGGGCCCAAGCCGCAGGUGCCAGCCGGGGAGGACACGCCGGGGGACACCGUGCAGGGGACAGCGCUGGGCCUGCACAACCCCCACUUUGGGGACAAGGACAAGGACCAGGACAAGGACAAGGACCAGGACAGGGACAGG